CUUUCUUGCCCCUUCCCUGGAAGGGCAAAUCCCUCUUAUGCCCUAGGGCCAAUGGGGCCUGUGGCCAUCGCUGAUUGGCUGGCUUUCUUCCCCUCCCCUUCCGCCUCUUCCCAGUUGAAAUUGCUCCGGUGACCUGCACAUUGUUGUGGUAUCUGGUUUUAAGACCUUGAAUGUUGUCACCUCAGGCUUAAUUCCCAGCAAGUUUCACGUGCUGAAUUAAAGUUCAUUCUUUUUUUCAUUUGCUGGAUUUGGUGUCAUGGCCACCAAGAAGUUAACUCGAAUAGGCUUAUCCCAAGAUCUUUGUGACCGACUGAGUAGACAUCAGGUUGUUACUUGUCAGGAUUUCUUAUGCCUUUCCCCUUUGGAACUCAUGAAAGUGACUGGCCAGAGUUACCAGGGUGUCUCUGAACUUCUCUAUGUGGUUAGCAGAGCCUGUGCUCCUCAAAUGCAAACUGCUUAUGAAAUGAAAUUAGAGAAAUCUGGUGGUCCUUCUUCAGCUUUCUUAGCUACAACUCUUAUCAGCUUAGAUGAAGCCUUACAUGGUGGUGUGGCUUGUGGCUCACUGACAGAGAUCACAGGUCCUUCAGGUUGUGGCAAAACCCAGUUUUGUAUGAUGAUGAGUGUUUUAGCUACAUUGCCCACUGGCAUGGGAGGAUUAGAAGGGGCUGUUAUAUACAUCGACACAGAGUCAGCAUUUAGUGCAGAAAGAUUAAUCAGAAUAGCAGAAUUCCGUUUCCCCAGCUUUUUCAACACUGAAGAAAAAUUACUUUCCAUGAGCAGUAAAAUUCAUUUGUAUAAGGAACUUACUUGUAAUGAAGUACUAAAAAGGAUCGAGUCUUUGGAGGAAGAAAUUAUCUCUAACCGCGUUAAACUUUUGAUAAUUGAUUCUGUUGCUUCUGUGGUCAGAAAAGAGUUUGACACCCAACUUCAAGGCAAUAUGAGAGAGAGAAGUAAUUUUUUGGCAAGAGAAGCAUCAUUAUUGAAGUAUUUGGCUGAGGAAUUUUCAAUAAUAGUUAUCUUGACGAAUCAAAUUACCACCCAUCUGAGCAGAGACCUCACUACUCAGGCAGACCUGGUGUCUCCAGCCGAUGAUUUGUCCCUGUGGGGAGGUACCUCUGGAUCCAGUUGUGUGACAGCUGCUCUAGGGAACACUUGGAGUCACUGUGUGAAUACCAGACUGAUUCUCCAGAAUCUUGAGUCAAAGAGAAGACAGAUUGUCAUUGCCAAGUCACCACUUGCUCCGUUCUCCAUCUUCAAUUAUACCAUUGAGGAAGCUGGUCUGGUUCUUCAAGAUGCUGAAGGAGACUAAAUGAUUUCAGAACUCUACCUUUUGGUCCCUUGAAGACUUCUAAGAACUGAAAUAAGCAGAACUAGAAAAACAAUAAGCACAAAGCCUACACUGUAAAUGGAAAAAGCAAAAAAUAAAUAGAACACUCCAUGAUGUUCACAAUCAA